AUGUACGCUUCGCUGGGCAAGGUGUCGGCGAGAAUGCGAAAACGGGGCGAGGCGGCUCUUCCCUUCGUCUCGACGCUUUUCAGAAGGCACUCCGAUCAGGUACACCUUUCCAGUCUGAUAAAAAAUCAAUGACUCGAAAAUUACUCAUCAAAAGAAAAGAUACCUAUCACCUUCAUUUUAUAACUAACAAAUACAGCAAAACUACGAAAGCAUCACCGAUAAGAAGACAAAGGUAAACUGAAUGAAAAGUCAAGUUCACUCGCUUGCAAAGAUGGGUUACUGUAAUCCUACAGUAACUUAUUGCAACCUUUCAUGAGAAGCUAUCCUUUCCUAGGCAUCGAAGCUGUCUAUCUCGCACUUUUUCUGUUCAAACUUUUUGUCUUCCAUUUUCAUUUCUUGACAAUCUUUCAAUAUAUUGUGGUGAUUUUUGUGGUCGUUCUUCAUCACUAACACCGCACUUUGUUCUGCUGCACAGGGCUUCUAGCUUUUCAUUCCGAAAUGAGGUUUUCAGAUUCUGCAGCAGAAAACAGAGCAUCGGGUAGCGGUCACAGUGUGUGCCGUCGUAACUUCCUUCACGAUAACUCAGGUUGGCAUUUAUUUCAACUCGAUAGUUUGGAUCCAUUCUCAAACAAUUCCUUCUCGAGAAAGUUAUGGUUGUGAGAAAUCGAAACUGGUAGGAGUUGUUCACCGCUAAAAUGAGACAUGACUCAGGUCUAAUGUGCGAAUAUAUAGAAGAGAUUUAGACGUAUCUGUAAUACUUUUUUCCGAAGCGGUGAGUGGAUUUAAUAAAAUGAAAGUAUUAAUUCAAAACCUUUCACAUUCUUUAGAUUUUUCGAGCAUCUUUCACGAAAUUUGAACGUAACCUUAUUUCGUCCUCACCAAAACACAGAAACUAUAUCCUGUGUACCACGAAAUUUCACCAAACGACAUUCCGCUGUGCCGCUGCGCGCCUUUGCGAACCUUGGUCGCGCUUUUAACUUUUUUUUUCUUUUAUUAAGGUACUCUACUUUCAUGUGCUCCCACAGCAAUAACAAUGUAUUGAAAGCGUGACCUAGAUUCGAAAGACGCUUCGCAAAAGCACGCGGCGGAACAGCGGAAUGUCGUUCCUUGAAAUUUCAAGUCGUGGCACACAGCCUGUGUGUGACACAGGCUAUACUGAAACCUUGAAGUUUUCUCUACUAUUCUUUGCACGUUUCUUUUUUUAAUUUAUAAAUGUAUUCCAGGCCCCGUCGGCCGUCGUUUUGUGCGUUAACUCUUUAUGGCAAGACUCCUUCAAACCUCAUUGGUCUGUUUUUAAAACUUUCCAAAUUAAUGAGAAUAACCUAUUUCAGGUACAACCUAACCACCAUCACCUCGUUCCUGGUGGUCGUUGGGAAAAGCCUGAACUUUGUCGUUUUCUGUCUCAGCUCCUCCAACUUCCGCCGACGGCUCCUCACGACUUUACGUGCCAAAUAUGGGGUGAAGGAUGAAAAGUGAGGAUUCUCAGCGAAUCGAUUAGAGAAUCGCGAAAUUUCAGGCGAUCUCAAUCGGUGACGACGACGUAUACGAGGUGCGACAGCAGAGAUUCGCGGAUUUUGUCGCAGAAAAAGUCAUUUCAAAGCAUAUAA